UGUGUGUGUGUGUGUGUGGCUCGCUCGCCUUCCUGACGUUCUGCUGCUGCAGCUCGAGGAGCUGCUGUUGUUGAGUGACUUCAUCAGCGAGAGCGCGUUCGCCCAAGUCCGUGGAAUUAACGUUAACUUACCUCAGAGAGAGAGAGACAUCGCUGUUUCUUGAACGAACAGAGCUCAUUUAUACACAGAGACGUUCAUCUGAUACGGGAUAUAGAGGAUAGACCUCGGUUAUGUUAGUUAUCCAGACCCGGUAACCCACCUACCGUCGCUGACGAGCUCGGAGAAAGUUUCGGCUUGUGCUAGCUAACGUCUCGCUAACGUCUUUCUUUAUCAUUUCGCUGAGGGACUCGCUCGCUUUCGAGCCAGAGGAGCCGGCCAGGAAUGAAAGACACUGAAUUUGUGUCAACUUUAUAAAUGAGGACUGUGGACAGCGACGCGAGGCUCUUCUCUUUCCCCUGCAUCGCACAUGGGCUAAAAAAAGAAACUUCAAAACGGCCCACCCUACACCAAAGCACUUUAGUUCCUCCCACCUUCAAGAUGCAUCACCAGAAGGGGGUUUACAGGUGCCCCUUUAAGGCGACCCAAAGGGACAUCCUGGGCCACUGAGACGUGACUCUGGGUCUGGUGCCAUCUCCCCUGUCCCUGUUCUGCAGGCCUGGGCCUUCUCCAACAGACCGCGGAGUGAAGGCCUAUAGCCAUGGUGACAUCGGGCCACAAAGUGACCAUGCAAUCAUUACAGUGUCUUGACGUCAGCAUGAGUAGCAAGUACUCCCAGUACUACAACAAGACCCUCAUUCAAGUGCACUACAUGUGUGCCAAAAACCUGACCCAUGACCAACUGAAAAAACGCAUGUCAGAAAAAUAUGGGCCUAGCACGCUGAACAUCAUCUUCAUCAUCAUCUGCAGCAUCAUUAUUCUGGAGAACCUUCUAGUUCUCAUCGCAGUGUUCCGGAACAAGAAGUUCCACUCUGCCAUGUUCUUUUUCAUAGGGAAUCUGGCUUUCUCUGACCUGCUGGCUGGCUCGGCCUACAUCGCCAACAUUUCCCUCUCAGGUCCAAGGACUUUUGAGCUGGUGCCCGUGCAGUGGUUUAUAAGAGAGGGCACUGCUUUUAUCGCAUUGGCAGCUUCCGUGUUUAGCCUGCUAGCGAUUGCCAUAGAGCGCUAUAUUGCCAUCACCAAAGUCAAGGUUUAUGGAUCCAACAAGACCUGUCGCAUGUUUCUCCUGAUCGGAGCAUGCUGGGUCACCUCCAUUCUCCUUGGAGGCCUGCCCAUAAUAGGCUGGAACUGCAUUAACAACUUAAGUGAAUGUUCUGCCGUUCUGCCUCUCAACUCCAGGCACUAUAUCCGCUUUGUUGUCAGUAUCUUCAGCAUCAUCCUGCUCUCUAUAGUCAUCCUGUAUGUCCGAAUCUACCUGAUUGUGCGCUCCAGCCACCAAGAGGCCACUAACUCUCAGGCUUAUGCCCUUCUCAAGACCGUCACCAUUGUGCUGGGCGUCUUCAUAGUGUGCUGGCUGCCAGCCUUCACCAUCCUCCUGCUGGACACCUCCUGCAACAUGUCCUCCUGCCCCAUCCUAAACUACGCUGAUAUAUUCUUUGGCUUCGCCACACUCAACUCGGCACUGAACCCACUCAUCUACACGCUACGCAGUAAGGACAUGCGCAGAGAAUUCCUGCGUGUGCUUUGCUGCUGGGGGCUCUUCAAUUGCGGACGUCCAGCUGACCGCUGCAUGGUGCCCCUCAAAAGUUCCAGCUCUCUGGACCACUGUACCAAUAAACAUGAGCACCAGUCCACACCCAUCAUGCAGGACUGUACCACUUGUGUAUGAGCAUAGGACAUUUCAGACCUCGAGCAAGGUCUCCAAGCAGAUGUACAACUGAGAGGAAGUUGAGGUGCACCUCAGAAUCUCUCCAAGAUGGAGGUGAGAGACGAAAGACAGAGUGACGCCAGAGAUGUCAGCUUUGACUUAAUCUGAAACAUUCAGACCUGUGUGAAUUCCUAAUCAUUAUCUGUGGACUUGUGAGUUUAGAGCAAACAGUUGUGGCAUGUACUCAGUGUUGUUUUUAGGAGCUUCACUGAAUUAUUUCACUUGUUUUAAAGCCGUUAUUUUGCAUCUGUUUUCAGUAAGAACCUUGCAUUUUUACUGUAUUGUUCACAUAAAGAUAGAGCCAAUUUUUUAUGACAGCCAAGUCAAUGCCAUUUUCAGCCCUUUGGCAGUGACCAAAAAUUUGUUUUAGCCUCAGAA